AUGCAGGCUGUCAUGGCGCAACCCCCACAAACCUCUGCCUACGGGGCUGUUCCUCUCCGCCGCAAGCCCAUAGCAAACCCCGGCAUUUCGGUACGACCCCCGCAGCAUCAAUACCACAACGACGGCCAACUAGGACAUUCACGAACACGCACAACCAGCUCAGGCAUCUUCCCCGCUGCAUCGCCUACCACAAGCACCAUGAACUCGCAAUAUCCAACCCAGUACCAGAGCAGUCUCCGCCGCACGCCCACCUCGUCCACCAGCUCUACCACAGGCACCCCGAACCGCUCCAACAGUGGCGCUCUCCGUCGCUCCUCGUCCACACGCUCGGGCGGUAACUCGCCCACCUCCUACGUUGCCCUUAUGCGGAAACAAAAGGCCACAGUCUGGUGUGACAGGGCCCAGUACGAAGACCCGCGCAUGCUCGCACAGCAACGGCAGGCCAAGAUGCGGGCAAACAUGGAAGUAGCAGGCGGCCCACACCACGUCCCGCCGCGAAGUGCCUCGGGAGGAUCCAGCAUGGCUGGCGGUGUGCGGUCCAAGAUUGGGCGCCAUCACGGUCUACCAAAAGCGUCGUUAUACGCACCAGUCACAUACGCAGGUUCAGGUGUGCCUAUGCGCCUGAGUGCUUCAGAGGUAGACGAAGGUGACGACGAAGACGCGGGCUCAGUCAAGAACGGCCAAUACCACCACCGCACAGGCUCAGGCCGCUCCUCGCUCGGUUCAGGGCGCCGCAUGUCCUACGCCAAUCCCACCGGCCGAAUAUCCUCCAACAGCACACCCCCGCAGAACUCAUCCCCCGACGGCGAACUUGCCGACCUGAAGGAAGAACCCACUCCGUCCCCCGCGGAAUACGACGUCAACGCGCCCAACGACAACAGCUACUUCCAGCACACCAAAACGAACACAAGUACGGGUAGUGGUAGCAGUGGCGAACGCAAUUUCGGUGACAUGGGGCAAUUACCAGCGCCUGGAAUGCUGAAACCACCCGCUACAACGGACAAGAAGGGCAGUAAGGACGACCUAGUGCGGAGGGGCAGCGUAGACGAGCGGACCAUGACCAUGGGGACAAGGUUGUUCGUUGCAAACCCCGACCUGAGCGAUUGA